AUGUGUUUCUCCUCUAAAGCCAUGGACACGAUCCAGCUGGAGCAAUUCGACAAGUACGGCUACACCUACAUCGCCCCAAGGGAGUACUGUAAAGAGCUGAAGAUGUCCAACAACAACAGCCAGUUCCUCCAUGACUUCAACAUGUACAUUGACCGGAACACACCAGAUGCCUGUAAUAUUUCCCUGGUGAGCCGUCUGAUCCUGGACGCUGGGCUGACCGCAGAGCUGGUGGAAGUCUGGACUGAGCAGAAUAUAGACGGAGUGGUUGCCAGGUUUGUAGCUACAGACGGAGGCAUCACUAGAGUCUUUCCAAAAAGCGCUGGGGCCGACUGGUUAGAGAAUCCCGAGCCGUAUGAGUGCAGCUCGUACAAGAGGGCCCUGGACAACGAGAUCUAUAUAUUCACUGCACCCAUUUAUAACGGGGAGUCCCGGGAGCAGGUCACUGAAACCGGCAUCCUGGUGAGCAAAGCCGUGGCCCUGACUGUAGACGAGGUCACCCUGAAGCCCGCAGUGGUGGGAGUCAAACUCAAUGUCACAUACUGGAUGAACACUUUCAUUAAUGCCACUCUCAAACUGAAUUGCAAGGAUGAAAUCUGUGGCUGUCUUCACAAUGACAAGCAUAUCAACUGUGUGAUUCUGGACGAUGGUGGAUUCUUGCUCAUGUCCAAUCAGGAUGAGUACAUUUCACUGAUCGGCCAGUUCUUUGGAGAGGUGGACCCGGUGUUGAUGAUCAGCCUUGUGAACCAGUCUUUGUACUCUUUCAACAAGACGUACGACUACCAGUCUGUGUGCGACCCUGAAGAGGAGAGCAAAGCUGCGGCCGGCCUGCGCUCCGUCCACGUGCCUACUAUAGCAGAGCUGCUCAGUAUCGGCUGGUGGGCUUCUACAGCAGCCUGGUCAAUACUGCAGCAGAUCUUCUUCGGCCUCAUAUUUCCCAAUCUGUUCGGAAGAGUGGAGUCUGCGGAAGAGGACAUUUCAGAAAACAUGUUCAAAGAGAGCUGCAUCACGGAGCAAACGCAGUAUUUCUUUGACAAUGAGAAGAGGUCCUUCUCCGGCCUCCUGGACUGUGGCAACUGCUCUCGGAUGUACCGAGCCGAGAAGCUGCCCAACACAAACCUGGUGUUCCUGAUCACAGACGCCAAAAGCACGUGUCUGUCGUGUGACCCCAGGCCGCUGCGGCAGGCGGAGCAGCCCUCUGAAGGACCGGACCAGUGCGAGCUCGCCCAGAACCCCAGGUACCGCAAAGGCCCGGACGUCUGCUUCGACAACAACGAGAGCGACGGGCCUCUCUGUCCGACCAGCCGAGGCGUUUCUCUCAGCCGCAUGUCCAUCACCGCCAUUCUAAUGUUUGGGAGGAUGACUCUGACUGCGGGGCUGGGAGCUGCCUGA